CUAAAGUGUAUUUUUGUUUUUGUUUUACUGUUACAUGAACAUUGGGUUGGCGUUUAUGUCUACUGAAUGGAGAGAGAAGAGGCAAGCCGCUGCCAGACUCCUCAAAUGGUUACUUAACUCUUCGAGAACAAUAGGGUCGGGUAACAACAGAAGUACCGCAGGAUGCAGGAUGCUUUGUGAACUUUGUAAGAGGCAUAAAAAACCAUUCUAUGUCAUACACAGGGUUGGAGACCAAAAGAGCCCUCACUCAAUACAAGAUUUGGUAGCAACCAGAUGAGGAGUACAAAGACAAGUAUAGACAGAAUACGAGCUGAUCAGCUAGCAUCGGACCAUCCUCCCAAAACCAACGCACAGCAGGUGUAUGGCGGCACCGAAUGCAGGAACAAAGAAGGAAGAUGCCAGCGAGAUAACCAUGCUGAGUUGGUGGUCCUGCACAUGGAUGAGCUGCCUACUAUUCCUGUCCAUAGGUUAUGGUGUUCCAGCUGAGAGAUGCACCGGGGGUUCAUCCUGUACCGACUCAACCGUAGACAAUGACCAGAAAAGGCCAUGUGUUGGUGCCAGGUGCCCCGCCAAAGCAAGCAGAACCUCAUACUCCUACCAGCAGACGGCAACCAGUGAUGUUCCUUAUCCUUACCAGCCUGGAAGAACUAACCAUCAGGUUUCGGCACCGGCUUCUGCAACAUCUGACUCUCCUGGUAGUCCCGAUGCAUGGGGAGGGCACGGUAACGUCACCAGAGAUUGCAAAGGAAUUGAAUGCAAACUGCCCUUGAGGAUCCGCCUGAAAUCUCGAAGCAGGGCGCCUUGUACCGGGGAAGGGUGCCCACCUGUGGAGGGGCAAGAGGGCUUGGUGCGGUUGUCGGACCGGGCAGCUCACUUUAUCGGGGAAGUACCUGAUCAUCAGUUCUCUAACGCUGAGCUGGGAGGCGCUCCGCUGGGAGUUCAACUCACCUGUGAUAUCAAACCAGGAGAGAAUGAAGUCCCAUCAGAAGAUGCUUUGAUUCUCCAGUUGCAGAUGGCCAAAGGCCAGGAGAAGUUUGUCGAGUCAUUGAAAAGUCAACAAAAGACCAUAACAGAUCUACAGCAAAAACUAUCAGAGCAGCAGAGCCUACUGGUUAACCAGCAGCGAGAAAUUAUAGAGCAGCAGAGGAGAAUGUACGAGCAAAUGGACAUGAUAAAAAUCCAGUACAGCAUCCUGUUUGACACCGUGAAGCAGAUGUCCUUCCAGAGUCUACAGGAGGACGUCCAGCAGUAUUUUGAGGCACACCUACAAGGAUUGCAGAAUCAGGUUCGGAACCAUCUUCAGAAAACAUACUCUGUGCAUAAGAUGGAUGUGGAUGCCAAAGUGAUCGAUGUGGAGGAUCAUCUACCCGAAUGUGGCGUCUGUGAAAGUGAAGAGUUUUGUGACUUUCAGAAAAACCCUCCUGCGUGUGCGAAAUGUACAAUGUGUCCGGCAGGAUUCUUCCAACUUUCUGAUUGUUCGGAAAAUGUUGAUCGAAUUUGUCAAGACAGAGAUGAGUGCAUGGAUUCACCAGGUAUCUGCGGAGAGAGGAUAAAAUGCUUAAACACACCAGGUGGCUUCCGGUGUCUUGGGGUUGCUGAAAAGGAUGCCGCUUUAGGCAUUUGUGGUGACCAAUACUUCUUUAACAAGGAACUUCAGGAGUGCCAAGCCUGCUCUGAGUGUGAAGAAGGGGUUGUUGCUUUUGCCUGUACUGCCGAUAGUGAUACAGUCUGCACGACUGUCAGUGAAAACAAAUUAUCGGAAUCAUGGUCAGCCAGCCUUUCUAUGCCUGCACCUAAAACACCCAACUCCCAGGUCUACCCAGGCCUCAACUUAAAGAUCAAAGAGAAGAUGAAUUGCGAAAUCUUGUCUCCUGAAGAAAAUCGAGUGGUCUUCAAACAACAUGGUUUGCUAUGGGCGGAUCUGAACUUUGCAGUAAAACAUAACUGCAGGAAUUUUCUUCAGCUGUCAUUAAAACUUAACAACAGUGAAGAAGGUUUUGAGAUAAGUGGUUCACGAAUAGAACAGCCAGAAGGAAAAUACUUCCAGAGCACGAGCGUAAGCUGUGCAGCAGAGGUCGAGCCAAGUCAAACUUUAUGUGUGGUUCUAAAAAGCCCCAACCAGUUCUGUAACCAGAGUAAAGACUUACAUGUUUAUGAGCUGAACACGCCACUUAGUUUAUUUUGGCUGUCUCAUGACACGGGUGCGGUGGCCAUGAGUGCUCAGAUGUCCACAGCAAUGCAUUACCAAACUAACUAUCGGCCUACCUUUAAGAUUAUUUCUGUGUCGGAUCCCUAUAUGGUAAGUCUGUCUCACGAUGGAAGAAGUAUUAAGCUAACAGAGUCCGGCGUGGUGAAAUAUGUUUUUCAACAAGCCUUAUAUUCGAUGGGUCCGACCUGUGUCCGCGAAGGUUUUAAUCUGAUUUUUUACCUUAAUAGGAAUGGCACAAAUUCUGAGUUAUUGCAAGUCUUUAAGUCUGGGGUGAAUUACAGAGACACAUCCAUCUCGGGAUCUGGAGCAACCAAAGUUAACUCUGGAGACAUAAUAAGUUUUGAGGUUCUUUCACCUGCUCAAUGCAACGUAAGAUAUUUCGGAGAAAAUUCAGGUAUUAGCAUGUUAAGUCUUCUCUGGAUUCCGACAGCAAUUUCUACCGCUAUUACGGCCUCGGUAUCCAGUUCUGGACUACCCACAGGAGCAGUGAGAAAUAAAGUCUUGAGUUUCCAUCUUGAUUUGCCCAAUGAUAAAAUAAUUCAGCUCAUUUCUACAGGCCAGUUUGCCCACAAAUAUUUCAAGAUUGCCGAAAAUGGAGGCAUCAGUGUAUCUUUCAACCUGAAACUGAUCCAUUCAUGCAAUGUUGUUAAAGUGACAAUAAGUACACGGAUAAGUGACCAAGCACAACCAACUGUGGUCGCCCAGCAAAUCGGUGGGCACAUGCCUGAAGGAAGUCAAUGGACUAGUGUGGCUCUACGGUCCUCAUUUCAUGUUAAAAAUGGCACAAUGUUAUCCGUUUCACUUGACUGUGUCCGUGGCAGAAUCAACCAGAUUGCUCAUGACAAAGGGACUAAUUUGUCAAUCUUAUGGGUUUCAUCAUAGAGCAGCCAUACUUUGGUAGACCUGACACUUUAUCUUUGAAUAAGGCCCAAAAAUAGGUCACUUAUGGCCAGAUUUAGCUUCCACAGUUUGUACUGUACUGCAAGUGUACUCAAUGAGGAGAGGAGAAAAAGCUGCUGACAGACAACUCCUGAUUACGAAAUAUUAUGCAUAUGAAAUUCAACAUAUCUGAUUCUUCUCUCCCCUAAGUUUUUUUUUUUUUUUAUGUGACAGUAAUGCUUAAAAAGGGAUAUCCAGCUUUUAAAAAUGCAUCCCCUAGGCACAGGAUAGUGGAUCUGUGUCUGAAGUAGGGGGUUUGAGUGUUGGGACCCCCCAUGAUCUCCAGAAUGACACCCAACUCACUGGUCAUGGCAGUGAUGGACCGUUCAGUCAAGCAUUGGACACAGCUGUGCCUCACCUCAGUUGAUGAUUGGCUGAGCAGCCUAUCACUGCCGAGACCAGGUAGGGGCCUGGAGGGAAGAUUCCUGACCUGUUCUGGAGAUCACAGGGGUGUGUGUGUGUGUGGGGGGGGGGGGGGGACACAGACCACCACAAUCUGUCAUUUAUCCCCUAUCCUGUGCAUUUGUUUUUAAAAGCUGGAUAACCACUUUAUGUUCUACAUUCUCACUUCAGUGAAAGGCCCAAUCUGGAAGUAAACAGCUAAUAAAAUGGAGUGCAUGCAUUUUUCUAAAUAAAAAAAUGUGCAAUUAAACUCUACAUCUUGGGAACACAUUAGUUAUAGCUGUUUAAUUACAAAGGUACACAUUAGCUUAUGAAAGUAAAGCUGGCUUUUAUAAAAUAUUUGUUUUUGUAAUGGAAAUACUAACUAGGUGACAGAAGGAUUACACAAUAUUAGGAGCAAAAAAAUGUACUAUAUGGUUAAAACAUUUGUUAAAGAGAACCAUUCAGCUCCCUCAUGCUAUAUAAAUGCUGACCAGAACCAUUUGUGCUAAAGGGAGCUCUGUAGCUCAAUCUGUAGUUGAGUGGAGUUAAAAAUACAGCAUG